UACAAACAAUUUCUAUUGUUCGUCAAUCUAUUAAUUAAUGGCGCUAAUUCCAAGCAUUUUCAGCGGUCCAAGAAGCAACAUCUUCGACCCCUUUUCAAGUCUCGACAUCUUCGAGGGUUUCCCUUUCUCGAGUUCAGUACUGGAUAAUGUUCCGUCCUCCGCCCGAGAGACCUCAUCCUUCGCCAAUGCAAGGAUCGACUGGAAGGAGACAGCGGAGGCGCACGUAUUCAAGGCCGAUCUGCCUGGGCUGAAGAAGGAGGAGGUGAAAGUGGAGUUGGAAGACGGAAAGGUUCUCCAGAUCAGCGGCGAGAGGAGCAGAGAGCAGGAGGAGAAGAACGAGAAGUGGCACCGACUUGAGAGGAGCAGCGGCAAGUUCCUCCGCCGCUUCAGGCUGCCGGAGAACGCCAAGGUGGAACAGAUCAAUGCUACUAUGGACAACGGCGUCCUCACGGUCACUGUACCCAAGGAGCCGGAGAAGAAGCAGGAGAUCAAGACAAUCGACAUCUCCGGCUGAAACAAAAAUUCAUUCAUAUGUUGAGUAAUUAUAUCUAUAGUAUUUUGUUUUCUUUUCUUUUCUUUUGUGUGCAAAUAAAGUAUCAAUAUGUCCUGUGUAAUGUCUGUGAGGCGAGCUGCAGAAUUAAUAUAUAUUAUCUCUCUAAUUAUC